AACAAUUAAUUCUUCUUCUCGAUCUCCCUCUUUGCUCUCUCCUUCCUUUAAUUUGAGAAAUCAGUUAGCCUCAUAGGAAGUGUCUAAUGGGUGACAAAGCAACCUUAGCUAAAGCAAGAAGAGAGCUUGAAGAUUUGUACCUAGGCAUUCCAGAUGACUCAGUUAACCUCACUUUUCAAGACCUAGCAGAAGUAAAACAAACCUCAAAUGUAUCAGCACUAGAAAAGAAAAACUCAACACUACUUUUGGAACAAAUCCAAGAAGUCAAAACCCCAAAACAUAGCUCAUUACCUUUAAACAAAUUACCCAGCCUUGAUUUCAGUAAAGGAUUAGAUAGCAUUGUUGACUCUCAUAAGGGUCAUCGUGGGCAUGCAAUAUCACCAAUUCAUCGUUACGGUGAGGAAGAGCAUCGUAGGCAUUCGAUUAGUCCCAAGAAACGUGCUGAAUUUAGGCAUGCAGUGGAGAGUAGUAUGCCGUAUGAUGAUGCGAGUGUGAUGAGCAUGGCUUCGACAUAUCAAGACAGAGGUCAAUGCCGCCGUCCGGGGAUUCCACACUCCAACAUUUGCACAAUCUGCUGCACCUACAUCUACAUAUUCCGCCAUCGAUGUUUGGUUUGCGGAAGAGUAUAUUGCAGGGAGUGUGUGAGUGCAGGGAUGGGAGAGAUGACAGAAGGGAGAAAGUGCGUCCAGUGUUUAGGGAGAAGAUUCAGCCAGAGGUACAUAAAAAGAGCUGGAAAGGUAGGGUGUUGUUCGAGGUACCCAAAUAUGGUGAAACAGGCUGAGCUGAAGUGGGCAGAGAAAGGACCAAGGAGUGGCGACAGAGCAUAUGGACGCAGCACCAAUAUGAUGUCAAGAUCAAAAAGCCCCGUGACCCCAAGGACACCAACCACCGCGCAUAUUGGUGGUUUUGGUACUCCUUCAUUUGUGGCUGCCUCGCCCUAUUCUCCAUAUACUCCUAAUCAUCACCAUCUCCCACUUUAAUUAAAAACCCACCCCUUAGUUAUCUUAAUUUAUUUAAUUUCCUCGAACAUUUA